AAGAGCUAGGUAUAAUCUAUAAUAGAAGCUGUUUGAUGUUACAAUCAUACACUAGCUUCAGUAAUCUUUAUUUUUUAUUAGCUCAAAUUUAUUGUAUAAAUACUUCUAAUACAGGGGUUAACCACAAUCUUUAAAAAAAAAAAACAUCAAAUAUUUUAUCUACAAAGAUCCCCUUAGACUUUAAUGCUGUUUUUCUUUUGAUAAUCAUUAGAUUAGUUUUUCUAAACAAUUGUGAUCAAUCCCACAAUUUGAAAAUCACAGCUGUGUUUAUCAAGCUCUACUACAAUGUAUCUUUAAAUCACAAAUGAUAAAUUAUCUGGUUAGAUAAACUGGAAAAUAUAAAUAAGAAGAUUUAACUUAUUUCAAGAUUUUGAUUCAGAGGACAACAUCAAGAUCGCUGAUUUUGGUAUCAGCAGAAUUUACAACCCAGGGAUCAAGAUGGCUAAUUAUUCUGGUACACCAACUCACAUCCCUCCAGAAUAUUACAUAUUUCUGAAGUAUUAUGGACCAGAGGUGGAUGUGUGGUGCCUAGGAGUGGUUCUGUAUCAAAUGGUCACUGGCACCUGUCAUUUAAUGAGCUAUACCAGGAGGAACCGAGAUAACGUGUGCUACACGGCGAUUUUGGCAUCACAACCACCAUGUCUGUUAACUGCAUCCACCUGUUAAAUGUUCUCCUGGCUCUAAGGCCAAACAGGAGACUCUCCCUGGAGCCAAUCAUGAAACAUCCAUGGUUCAACAAAGGGUAUCUAGGUGAGAUAUUGACAUCUAAUGAAGAGCCUCCUAGUGAGGAUCUGAAACAACAGAUGACUCCUUCCACACCCACCGAUGAUGCACCAGAGUGCAUCAGAGGACCUCCUAUAGAGGACGGCAAUGAUGCAAAAAUAUCAAGCAUCUAACCAAAACCACCUGGUGAAAAUAGACAGAUCCGCAGAAGGCAGCGCAUUUGGAACAACUUUACGGGAGUUUUUUCUUGCUACAACGAAUUUAACAUCAUGCUUGUUUGUUUAACAUCAAUAAAAACAUUUUCUCCUAUCA